AUGUUCUGUGUUCUUGAGCUAAUCUCCGGAAAUUCUGUGUUUGGUGACUGGUUUUGCUACAAGAUGUCAGUAGGUCUCGUCUGGCUGAUUCUUUCUGUCACUACAAUCGGCAGUACAGCAUAUAUGCCUCAGACCAAAUGUUCAACGCCAACUGCUCCACAGGAGGGAUCUGUACAUACUUUGUACAAGUCAUACCUUAGCAUCGCUGUGGCCACUUACAGUUGUUCAAGUGGAUAUCAUCUCUAUGGUUCCAGAACUCGUUUAUGUGUGGGUGGACAUUGGCUGAGACAACAGCCAACUUGCGAGCGAGAAGUGUGUUCCCAUUUGAAAGACCCUGUUGGUGGGACCGUCAGGAUUGUGUAUCAUGUAGGGAGGAGAUCAGGGUUUGCAAGCUAUAGCUGUAAUGUUGGUUAUCGUCUACAAGGUGAACGCUUGAGGAAUUGUGUUAAAGGGCAAUGGCUAGGAGAGAAGCCCGUAUGUUCGACCAAAGUAUGUUCACGUCGAUCUAAUCCAGUUGGUGGUUUUGUCAAAAUUGUUCUUCGAUCCCAACAUACAUCUGGAGUGGCUACCUACAGUUGCAAGGUUGGAUAUGAUUUGAAAGGUGAAAGUGUGAGGAAAUGUGUUGAGGGCCAUUGGCAGGGAAGCAAACCAUCUUGUUCAAUCAAAGAAUGUCGUUUUCCUCCUCCUUCUGAAUUUUCAAUUGGCCCAAAAGUAACCAGUCACAACGGCUUGAAGAAAGCCAAAUACCAAUGCAGACCACACUACAAGAUGAGAGGUCAGAAGACACUGAUCUGUCGAAAUGGAGUCGUUAAUGGAAAUGCUCCUACAUGCCAUCUCAGUAAGCAAGAAUGA